AUGCACGCGUCAUCUGUGGAAGGAUGGAGCAAAGGCGCGCGGGAGGUGGCAGCCCUGGACGCGCUGCAGCAGGAGCGCAUCAGCCCCGGGGUGAUGGGGGAGAGGGGAGGCAAGUCGCACUUGGAGGAGUCCCGCUACGAAUGCGGACUCGCGCUCGUGGACAGCGGCGGUGACCCACGCGCCUGGCUGGCUGAGGCUUCCGACACCUGCGCGGCACGCGCCACUUCACAGCACUACCUGCGGCACUCGCCGUGCCCGAGCACCAGCUCCUACCAAGAGAGCGGCUCCCCGGGGUCCUCGGGCCCUCCCAGCCCCCCCAGCCUCAGAAAAUCCGCCAAAAGCCCCUCCUGUUCCUCACUCAAAGUCAGAGACCUGUGCCGCCUGAAGAGCACGUGCACUGGACCCGAAGCCGACGCUUCCGCGAGACAGAGAGCCUCCUCCAGCAAGCCGGUCAGCGGGGUCCAGAAGCAGAGGCGGGUGGCCGCCAACGCGCGCGAGCGGAGGCGCAUGCACGGCCUGAACCACGCGUUCGACGAGCUGCGCAGCGUCAUCCCGGCGUUCGACAACGACAAGAAGCUCUCCAAGUACGAGACUCUGCAGAUGGCGCAGAUUUACAUCAACGCGCUCGCCGAGCUGCUCCAAGGCCCGGCGGCAGCGAGCGCGCGCAGCGGCGACGAGUCCAGCAAUAACAGCAAGUGCGACAGGAUGCUGUCAUCUGCUGACGGGUUCGAAGGGGCCAAGGAGGGGGCUUCCCAGUCUCCAGCCACCUGUAGGACAGCUGUGCACAUCGGCGGGAUGCCGUUCUGUGCUUCCCUGCAGGAAGCGGAAGUGUGUUCCCGGGAUGGCGCGUCGCAGUUUGGCCCUGGAAGGAAAGGGUCCCCACGGAGCGAUGGGGAGUUUUCCCCGCACUCCCACUUCAGUGACUCGGAUGAACUCGCAGUGGAGCUCCACUCGAGCGAAGAAGAUGAUCUUUCAGAACUCAAGCUGCCCAGCCACCGUCAGAACGCCGUGUCUUUCUGA